AUCCCCGGUCCAGAACGAUCCCUACUUACAUCCAUACUACAAUUGUCAAAAAGAGGGUUUAAUUUGUGCGCGUAUAAUUCACGCAUCACAUCACUACCCGCAACCUGACGCAGCGGUGCACAGGGCUUUUAAAAACAAAACUCCUAGGCUUCUUCACGUGCACAGUUCCAAUUCAUGGAUUCAAGAGAUCUGCAAACAUCAAAGACUGGAGGCCGAGGAGGGAUGCGUCGAUGCUGCUGACAUGAAAACGUCAAAGAUUCAAGUUGAAGGAUCAAUGGUAAUUGAUUUUUAGUUGAGAGAUUACCGCUACAAUUUACUCAAAAAACUAAAUACAUCUAUAGAAAAGAGAUAACUGGAAAAAAACAUAGAGCCCUUUGUCAAAAAAUUUCCUAAAUUUAUAAUCCACUGUCAAUUUACUCCUAAAUUUUAAAUUCAGCUAAUAAUUCUCCUCAAUUUUCAUUUAUCUGUAAAUUCCCCCGGCUAUUUAAUUUUUCUACAUUUCUUGCCACGCGCGGAACUGACGUGGAAACCGGAGUGAGAUCUUGCCACGUGCAAUUGCUUGCGUGGAAAUAAAGUUACCCUGUCCCAACUGAACGUUAUCCAUCUUUAAGAAACCUGAUGCUCGUCGGGUAUUUUUUGUAUACAUCCAUCCAUCGUAUAUCGUGUUAGCAUGUUUAAACCACAGACAAUCAGCUCUUCCAUACGAAAGCCGCACCAUCAUAAGCCACUACCGGACGUAAUGCUGUCACCGUCAGAUGUAAAGCUGUCACAAAACUUAGGUCACUGCCGUGUGAAUGUUACUCGUGUUUCUUUAUUUAAUAUUAAAUUUAAAAAAUAAAAAUACAACUCUACGAUGGUCUUCCCCAACGGCCGAAGCAAAAGCGAAAACGUCUUUUUUCCGGGGACGAUUUAUAAUUUUCCUUUCGAUUUUCGCGGAAGAUAAUUUCACCGUCAAAUUUUCCCGGGAAAAUCCCAAGCACAGAGUGAUGUUGAUGCAAGACAUUUAAGUGCACCUUUCGCUUUAAUCAUGAUUCUCGUUUUCCCUGGAUGCUUCUUCCUUACAUCCUCAAAGGCUAACCAAAAUUAUAAAGCACGUCCAAUUGGCUCAAGUUUAACCAUAUAUUUUGAGACUCUAACUCAAUGGGAUGGAGGGGCAUUUUAUGUUCUUCCUUUUUCUUUAUAUCCCUAGUCGAGUCCUCGAGCAGAUUAGGAGAAAUGUGGUCACUCAACCUUGGUGCUGAAUCAUCAGCAGCUUUCAGCUGGCCAAUCCUCAGUGCUAGCAUUUUCGUACUUGUUGCUCUUCUUCUCUCCAUGUACCUUAUCUUCGAGCAUUUAGCUGCUUAUAAUCAGCCAGAGGAGCAGAAGUUUCUGAUUGGUCUCAUUUUGAUGGUUCCUGUCUAUGCACUGGAAUCGUUUUUGUCACUGUUGGACUCCAAUGCGGCCUUCAAUUGCGAAGCAAUUCGGGACUGCUACGAGGCUUUUGCACUAUAUUGUUUUGAGAGAUACCUGAUAGCGUGCUUAGGUGGUGAGGAGAGGACAAUUGAAUUUAUGGAGAGUCAAAGCAUCGUCGACUCGAGCACACCUCUUUUGAAAGAAUCUUAUGCUUAUGGAGUUGUAGAGCAUCCUUUCCCACUGAAUUGCCUCAUAGGAGACUGGCCUCUUGGCUCCGCAUUCUACUAUGCUGUUAAAAUUGGCAUCGUUCAGUAUAUGAUACUGAAAUUGAUCUGCGCUUUGCUAGCAAUGAUUCUUGAGUCUUUUGGUGUUUAUGGAGAGGGGAAAUUUGAUGGGAGAUAUGGCUAUCCUUACUUGGCAGUUGUUCUAAAUUUUAGUCAGACAUGGGCCCUAUACUGCCUUGUGCAGUUUUACUCUGUCAUUAAAGACAAAUUACAACCCAUCAAACCCUUGGCAAAGUUUCUGACUUUUAAGUCCAUUGUGUUCUUGACAUGGUGGCAAGGAAUCGCUGUUGCAUUUCUUUUCUCUAUGGGUGCCUUCAAAGGGUCAUUGGCUCAGGAGCUGAAAACUAGGAUACAAGACUACAUCAUAUGCAUAGAGAUGGGUGUUGCUGCUGUAGUCCACCUUUAUGUAUUUCCAGCUGUACCUUACAAACGUGGAGAAAGAUGUGUUCGGAAUGUUGCUGUAAUGACUGACUAUGCAUCUCUGGGAGCACCUCCCGAUCCAGAAGAGGUACGUGAUUGUGAAAGAACAACCAGAGUGCAUUUGGCAGUGGCACGGCACGAUGAGAGAGAAAAGCGCCUGAAUUUCCCCCAGAGUGUUCGUGAUGUGAUUUUCGGAAGUGGAGAAAUUAUGGUUGAUGACAUGAAGUAUACAGUUUCUCAUGUGGUUGAACCAGUUGAAAGAGGGAUUGCAAAGAUAAACAAAACCUUGCAUCAGAUAUCCGAGAAUGUGAAACGCCACGAGGAGCAGAGGAAGAGCAUCAAGGAUGAUAGUUAUCUGAUCCCCUUGAAUUCAUGGAAUAGAGAGUUUUCCGAAGCUCACGACAAUCUUGUUGGAGGUAGUGCCAGUGACAGUGGCAUAACCAGUGGUAGGAGGCAGCAGUCCCAGUCUAAAGCUUCAACAUCUCGGACUAGAGCGUGGAGAUGAUGCUAACAGCUGUACGUAAGACAAACACUAGAGUAAAAUUGUAAAUGCUGUCAUGAUUUCGGCGUGAUUUUUAAAAGACGUCGAUAUACUUGGGCUGGCCAGAAGAGCUGGUGGUUUAUGGAGCUAACCCGUCGAAGAGGACGACAACAUUCAUGAAUUUGGGCAUCAAGAAGGAUCGUGUUGAUGAAUCCGUUGAUCAGCCGUGGAAAGUAGAGAAUGGUGGAGCGCUCGAUCGACAUACUGACAGAGCAAAUGGCACAUUCACUGUAUUGAACAUAUCUCUAAGUCUCGAAACAAUUUGAAUACAACUACGAAAAUAUAAUUUUAAUUUUGGCAGAAGCCAUAGUGGUAUGGGACCUUUUCAGACAAACUGUGUUUUGAAAAUGAAAUUUGAUUAGGCCAGUUGCACCAUCUUA